AUGGCUAUUGAUAGAUUAAGGUUAGGAGGGAAUGAAAGAAGUUUUUCCUACAGGACACCAAAAUGGAGAAUAUCAGAUGUAAUACUGUUAAGUAUACUGGUGAUAUUUAGUUAUCCAGUUUACUAUCAAAAACCAUUUGAAAGACAGUUCUCUUUGAAUGAUUUGACCAUUUCACAUCCCUACACGUUAGUGGAACGUGUAUCAGAUACUAUGUUAUUUGUGUAUAGUCUGGUCGUACCUCUUAUAGUGGUUGUAGCAAUAGGCUUUGCAAUGGCAGAUUCAAGACAUAGAAACUAUUUAGUGUACAUUUCCGUGUUAGGGUUACUCGUCACAUGGUUUUCUACGACUCUCUUCACUAAUUUCAUCAAGAAUUGGAUUGGUAGGUUACGUCCCGAUUUUCUUGACCGUUGUCAGCCAAAGGCCAAUUUACCACUCAAUAUCAUGUUUUAUGCCUCAGAAGUUUGUACAAAUGAAAACUCUAGUCUUUUAUUAGAUGGUUUCAGAACCACGCCGUCGGGACAUUCAAGUGCAAGUUUUGCAGGUCUAGGAUACUUACAAUUGUGGCUCUCUGGUCAAUUACUUAUCAAAUAUGAUCAAGUCGGGUUCUGGAGAACCUACGUGGCUAUGUUACCAUUAUUGGGCGCCUCUUUGAUUGCCUUAUCAAGAACCCAGGACUAUAGACACCAUUUCAUCGAUGUCUUGAUCGGUUCAGUUCUAGGAUACUGGAUCGCUUACUCCACCUACAGAAGAUAUUUCCCUGCACUAGGCAGCAGCCUUCCUUUCAAGCCACUGUUAGACGAUUCCAAAGUCGGCCUAGUUGAAGAGGCUCCAAUGUCUCCACAGCAGCAGAGUAUAAUAACUCGCACUGCAGACGAAGAAAUGCAACCUCUGACGGACGAUGAAAAUGUCGGUAUUUAA